CUUUUUUACUGCAUUGAGACUGAAAUUCUGUGCUGUUGAUAUAAAUUCGGAGAAAUAAAAAGAUGGUUUUUGUUGGUGAUCAAAAUCCUAAGGUGGGUUCAACUUUGUCAAUGGAUUCUUCUAGAAAAAGGAAGAGACGUAAUGGCUUAUCAGUUGCUGACACCCUCAAGCUCUGGAGUCAAAACGAGGAGGCCAAGCACCCGCGUAAAGCUCCUGCCAAGGGUUCGAAAAAGGGGUGUAUGAGAGGGAAAGGAGGGCCUCAGAAUCAAAGCUGUAACUACAGAGGUGUUAGGCAGAGGACUUGGGGAAAAUGGGUGGCUGAAAUCCGAGCUCCCAAUCGAGGGAAGAGGCUCUGGCUCGGUACCUUUCCCACUGCUUAUGAAGCUGCUUUAGCAUACGACGAAGCUGCCAGGAUGAUGUACGGUGAAAACGCAAUCCUCAAUAUGCCUUACGUUUCAGAUUCCGACUCAGUUGCAACCACUUCAAACGCGUUUUCUGAGGCUGACUUCGUGACUGUGUGGCCUGAGUCUGAAAUCUGUGGAUAUCAUGCGUUUGGUGAAGGUGAAAGGAUGAAUGUUGAGUUUCCUGUGGAUUCUGAAGCUCCCUCCACAAGCGGAGUAAUUAAUACGACAGAUGAAUUUCAACCUGCAAAACCAGAAGAGGAGUGUAUGAAGGAGACAGAUUACAGUUGGCUUAAUGGAUUGGAUUUCAGUGAAGAUAUUCCAAUAAUUGGAGCGCCUGGUGUCUGGGAUGUUGGAUCCUACUUUAGUGAGGAUGAAGUUUUCAAUAUAGAUGAGAUUCUAGGUUGAGUGGAAAGUUUGGGAAGGUAUGGAAAAAAUGGAGUGUUUUAUCUCUCUUCCAUUGACAUUUAACGCGCAGAAAAAAUCUUUUCUUUUCUUUCUUUUUUUUUUGAUAGCAUAAUGUAAUUAUUACAAGAUCGAGAAAGUUCUAAUUUUGUCUCCAUUGAACUUUA